GCAGUCGAAUCAUUUUGACACAGAAAGUAACUCUGACUUUGAAACCAUCGGCUUUCUGCCUGAGCUUUUAUUCAAUACAGGAAGGAGGAAACUGUCUGUAAAUCAGCUUCAGAAGCAAAACAAGAUGAACAUCUCCAAUGACUCCAUUGCUCCACCCUAUGAAUAUUAUGACAAUUAUUACGACCAUUCUGGUUAUGAACCGUGUUCUUUCAGUGACAACAACAGUUUGAACGUUGUGGUUGGUCCUUACAUUCGCUCCAUCAUCUGCAUCCUGGGCUUGGUGGGGAACAGCCUGGUCAUCCUCACCUAUGCCCUCUACAAGAGAACCAAAUCCAUGACUGACGUCUACCUGCUCAAUGUGGCCAUCGCUGACCUGCUGUUCGUGCUGGCUCUGCCUUUCAUCGUCUACAACGAGCUGUACUCUUGGCCGAUGGGGCAGGUGGCCUGUAAGCUGCUGCGUGGUUCCUACAGCGUCAACCUGUACAGCGGCAUGCUAAUGUUAGCCUGCAUCAGCACCGACCGCUACAUCGCCAUUGUCCAGGCUCGCCGAAGCUUCGGGUUAUGUUCGGUGUCAAACAGUCGCAUUAUCUGUUUCCUGAUCUGGAUCUUUGCCUUACUGGUGUCUGUUCCCACUUUCCAUUUCUACAAUUGGUACGAACCAUCACAUAAUAAAAUCACCUGGCUCAACAGCAACGAACAGGAAGAGACAACAGAUCCACAGUACGUCUGUGAGUGGCAAUUUGAUGACAGCAACACUGCUAGCAUAGUGAAGGUUGUUGUUCCCAGGACCCAACUGGCCAUUGGCUUCUUCCUGCCGCUAUUCAUCAUGAUAUUCUGCUACACUUCAGUCAUCAUCACCCUGCAGAAAGCUAAAACCUUCCAGCGACACAAAGCGGUCCGAGUGGUGAUGGUGGUGGCGUUGGUGUUCAUUGUCUGUCACCUGCCUUACAACCUGGCCUUGUUGUAUAAGACAGUCAAUUUGUUCAAACACAGCGAUUGUGACGAGGAGGACUCACUGCACACGGUGAUGUCUGUGCUGCAGACCGUUGCCUACCUGCACUGCUGCCUGAACCCGCUGCUGUACGCCUGCAUCGGAGUGAAGUUCAGGAACCACUUCAGGAGGAUCAUCCAGAACCUGUGCUGUUUGGGUCAGAGGUACAUCGACCCGCGCCGCCUCUCCAUUGACGGGACCAAUGAAGACAGUACGUCUUUUAGCAUGUGAAGCUAAUUGUCUCAGGAGCUCUGAUUGAGAUCUGCAGAUCUCCAAAGCAAAAUCUGACCACAAAUGGAAGAUGUUAGAAAUUAUUCAAAAGAAAAAUCAAAACAUUACAAACUCUUGAGGUCUCAUUGUGUUUAUUGUUGCUUAAUUUCCAUAAGAAUCUUGGCUGCUGAUGAAAAUGGUUUCUGCUUGAGGCAUAGCAAUGUGUAAAGGAAUAAACAUCUCUGUUUUGAAUACAUUUACACAAGACAUCAAAAUGUCAUCAUAUUUUUCUGGACUGAUCCAAAAAUACCGGAAGAUGUUUCUGAUAGUUCAGAGUUUUUAGAGGAAGUGUCCACCACCCUCUGAAAAGGAAACAUUAGACUGUUUAUGUACAUGGCCUGUUUUUGUAUAAUACUUUAUCUAGAUGACUCCAAAGCGCUUCACACUGCAUUCACCCAUUCACCCGUUCACACACACAUUCACACGCUGAUGGUGCUGAGCUACUACAUUGUAGCCUGAACUGCCCUGAGGCAAUUUAACAAAAUUUGUGACAUAAAUCCUGCAGUUUUUACCUGGAAACCCAAUAAAUACGUCAUGAUCCUCUGUAGUCAGAUUCACACCCUUAAACUAAGAAUUUGUUCAAGCACUUUCAAUUAAAUUUCACUUUUCAGGUAGGAGUCUAUCUGUAUCUUAACCUUUCAAAGUUCUCCAAAUCUUCUAAUCUAUUUUCUUGAUGAUUUUGAUGAUGGCAUUUGACAAAAAAUCAUGUUAAUUGCUGUUUUAUAAUUGGUUUUUGCAUUAUGUUUUUAUGGUGUAAACACUUGAACCAUGUUGCAGCAAUCAAUUUAACUAAAGAUAAAUGGAUGAAUAAACUUCUCAAGAUCUUUUUGUGUUCAUUAGUUCUUAAAUGUUAUUAAUUUUAUUUUUAAAGCAUGUUGCCACAAAGCGAUAAAUAACUAUGAGGAGAUAAAAUCAAUACUGAUGAACAACCAGUAAAUUAAUAAGGAAACACCCAGAAAAUCCUCCCUGGAAAUGUUCUGCAGGCCAUAGAAGGCUGGUUUUGUAAUUGUCUUUAUGUGUCUCUACAGGUUCAGGUCACUAAACCUGUUUAACUGUUGAAGCAGCUUUUUAAAUGAUUUUGUUGAUGAUUGGAAGGUUGGUAGGUUUACUUUAAAGCAAUUUGUCUAGAUUGUUGUUUCUUUUUAAGCAUUGGGUUUGUCACUGCAGUGUAAAGUUAAUUGUCUGUUUUUUAUUUUUAUUUUAGUUUUUCAUGUGAAACACUUUGAAUUGCUUUGUUGAUAAAAUGUGAGGUACAAAUCUUUUUCCUUUUCUUUCAUAGAUGUAAUUUUUAUAUUGUGGAAUCAAUUCUUAUUGUUUGGUUAAUUAAACUGAGAUAUAUGUAUCAUUAAACCCUAAUUAUUUCUAAUCAGUUGAUUUGAAUAUGUUGGAUAAUGUUCUCAUACUAACCUUUUUGUGUUAUGUGUUCAUGAUUUGCUUUGAAAGAGGAAGCUGUACGUUCUGUUUCCUGUCACUUUCCGUUUGCCAUUAUGUUUGUGCAUGUAGUUCCGCAGUUGUCCACUGGGGGGUGAGAUUGAGUUCAUUCCCUUUAAGUUGUUCUGAAGAAGUUGGACCUUCACUUAGCAAUAAAGCACAGCUGAAGAUGAGUAAUGAGGACAAAAUGCAGCAGAA